UCGUCCCUGGAAAUGGGCUACAGUUGCAGGGGUGUCUGAAGAAUAGAGUUCAGUGAUAGGUCUCGCUUUCUCUCUCUUGCUCUCUCUCUCUCUCGCUCUUUCUCUAGUGCUGUGUGCUAGCUGAAGCCUUUGUGAAUUCUGUCAGGUUCAGUGAAGUCCAAGCCUUGGCUCCUGCAUGUCCCGCAUCUAGCAGCGUGUAGCAGAAGAUAGAACAACGGAACCAUGGUUCUCCAUAAGCUACUGGACUUUGGCAAGCAGCUGCUGAGGGUGAAGGUGGUGGACUGCAGCAUCGAGGACUCCCGUCUGUCCCGCUGCCUCAAUACCUUCGACCUGGUGGCGCUGGGCGUGGGCAGCACCCUGGGCGCAGGCGUCUACGUCCUGGCGGGCGCGGUGGCUCGGGAGAGCGCCGGCCCCGCCAUCGUCCUGUCCUUCCUCAUCGCCGCCCUGGCGUCUGUGAUGGCUGGGCUCUGCUACGCCGAGUUUGGGGCACGCGUUCCGAAGACGGGCUCGGCCUACCUGUACAGCUACGUCACCGUCGGGGAGCUCUGGGCCUUCAUCACCGGCUGGAACCUCAUCCUCUCCUACGUCAUCGGGACCUCCAGUGUUGCUAGGGCAUGGAGCGCUACGUUUGAUGAGCUGAUUGGCAAACACAUCGAGGCCUUCUGCCGCCUGAACAUGCCCAUGAACGCCCCCGGCAUCCUGGCCGAGUACCCCGACAUGUUUGCAGUGCUCAUCAUCAUCACGCUCACAGGCUUGCUAUCCUUUGGAGUGAAGGAGUCGGCCGUAGUAAACAAAGUGUUCACCUGCAUCAACGUGCUGGUGUUGGUGUUCAUGGUGGUGUCUGGGCUCGUCAAGGGCACCCUAAAGAACUGGCAGCUGGUGCCCGAGGAAAUCCUCAACGGAACCAACUCCAGUCUUAAUGGGACUGAUCCUGCCCUGGUGGGUGUCGACCUGGGGGUGGGCGGCUUCAUGCCCUACGGCUUCACCGGCGUCCUCUCUGGCGCUGCCACCUGCUUCUACGCCUUUGUGGGUUUCGACUGCAUCGCCACCACAGGUGAGGAGGUGAAGAACCCCCAGAGGGCCAUCCCUAUCGGCAUCGUGUCCUCGCUCCUCAUCUGCUUCGUGGCCUACUUCGGCGUGUCGGCCGCCCUCACCAUGAUGAUGCCCUACUACAUGCUGGACAAGAACAGCCCUCUGCCCGUGGCCUUUAAGUACGUGGGCUGGGAGGGGGCCACCUAUGCCGUGGCCGUGGGUUCCCUCUGCGCCCUCUCCACCAGCCUGCUGGGCUCCAUGUUUCCUCUUCCACGUAUAAUCUUUGCCAUGGCCCGCGACGGUCUGCUCUUCUCGUAUCUGGCGCGCGUGAGCGAGAGGAGGACGCCCAUCAUGUCCACCAUGGCAGCUGGUGCCAUGUCCGCGGUCAUGGCCUUCCUGUUUGAUCUGAAGGAUCUGGUUGACCUCAUGUCUAUCGGCACCCUGCUGGCCUACACACUCGUCGCAGCCUGUGUGCUCGUCCUCAGGUACCAGCCUGAGCAUCCAAGCAUGGCGUACCAGAUGGCGAGUACGCAGGAGGAGGUGGAGCUGACCGAGUCCAUGGGUGCCCCCAGCAUGGUCAUCCUGCCCGGGGCCAACGAGCGCUUCAGCCUCAAAACCCUGCUCUUUCCGGAAAACUCCGAUCCCUCACCCACCUCAGGCUUCUCCGUCAACGUCUGCACCAGCCUGCUCGGGCUGCUGAUUCUGACCUUCAGCAUCCUGGCGGUGCAGGGGGGCGCGGCGUGGUGGAACAUCGUGGCCCUGAGUGUUCUGUUCAUGGUCUGCCUCGGCCUGGUGUUCAUCAUCUCCAGGCAACCGCAGAGCAGGACCAAACUCUCCUUCAAGGUGCCUCUGCUCCCCUUCCUGCCUGUGGUCAGCAUGUUUGUGAACGUCUACCUGAUGAUGCAGCUCGACAAAGGCACCUGGGUCCGCUUCGCUAUCUGGAUGGCUAUAGGCUUCGUUAUUUACUUUGGGUAUGGUAUACGACACAGCGCUGAGGCCGGUCUCUCUCGCAAGAUUCCCGACGAGGAACUCAGAGACUACAAGCCCAUCUCCGCCAGCAACGGAGACGCCCGGGCGUCCCCUGAGAAAGAGGCCUUCCUCAGUAACGGCUUAAGCGCUAGAGCCGACGACGACGAGGGCGACCUCUUAGAGUCGUCAUAAAACAAAACACCUUCCCUGUAAAUUUUAUACGAAAGAAUGUAUAUUUGACACCAUGGGAUGUCUACAUUUUAGAUACACGGAAACCUUUUUCAAAACCAUUACCUGAAGGAGAGCCCACCUCAGCCCAAAGGGAAACCUUGUCAGAGACAUGUCUGUGUGACUUUCAUUCGCCUAGCUGCCUCUCUGCAUGAGAGAGCAGGGGCUCUUUGACAGACGUUUCAGCAUUUGAAGGCUGCGGAGUUGCCUGGAUGUUACGGUGUGUGUGCCGCAAGCUCAGGUUUAUGAUACUCUGCAUUUCAUCUCCAACAAACCAAAAAAAAAAGAAGAAAAAAAAGCCAAAUGAUGUGUGUAUGUAUGUAUGUAUGUAUGUAUGUGUCAGAUAAGGGCUCACCUGGAGGAAGGGGUUGAGAUAUCGCUCAGUUUGUAUGACAAGUGUUAUCAAAUGGAACAGGAGAUCAAGUAUUAACUUAGUAUUAGCGAUUAACAUUUGAUUCUUUGCAAGGCUUGCCUUCAUCAGUCCCUGAUGAACAUUUCAGUUAUUGAUCUACGGGUGGUAUAUUUUUGUGGGCAUGACUUGAUUUUUUGACAAUCCAGUAGAGGAAGACUCAUCUGUCACAGAAUACUCAAUAGAGUUUGGACAAUAGAGUCUGGACGUGGCUGACACAAGUAUUUUUUAGCCAACACCCCAAGAGCUUCACGUCUCUGCAUCAGGUAGUUAUAUAUAGUGGUGUUGUCAUGAAAUGAAGCUGGUCUGAACAAUGUUCACAGUGCUGGAUACUGUGUUUUUACACUAGUCGACCUCAGCGCCUUAUGUCUAAAGUGUCUUGUUGGUUGAAAAUUGUAUGUAGUUUUAUCUCCUUAGUUUACUUUUCCAGAAACAUGUUGCACAUGAGGUGUACAGAUGUAUUAGUGAGUUAUGUAGACAUGCUUAGCAGUGGCGAUAUUGUACAGACAUAUCUCUGGGAGACAGUCCCCUCUUUGUUGUUUUUCCUAAAGGUCUUUACCUUCGACAGUCAUAAAAAUAGUACCAAGCGAGAUAAGCCAGAGCAUCAAAAGACAUUAGACAUUAGGUUUAGGAUGUUUCAAAUAUAUCAAACAUGCUGAUCAUUCCCGACCACGUUUAGACCCUGUCCCCUUUUCUUUAUCCUCAGACGCAUUUCGCAAUAUCCGUCUGGCUCUAUUACACUGUCAGAAUUGUCUGGUCAGCAUGUAGGUCAGCAUUUCAUGAGUUUUCACUCUUUGCAUUUUGUAUCCCAGACAUACUUGCUUCUAUUGGCGUUUGCCUAUUAGGAAAAAGGUAACGUUAGCCUUCUAGCACAAUUAGCUAUGCAUACAAAUGUAGUCAGACUUUUCUGUAUAUAAGAUAUGGUUCAUACUUGCUCUAUGAAUGAAUGAAUUUGUAAAUGGCAAAUUGUGCUUUUGUAAAAGCUAAAAUUGAAAUUAAUGUCAAGAUGCAGCUACUGGCUGUGCUAGAUUGAGAAGAGAUGUUUUGUGGUUUGUGUAUAUUGCUCUCAUUGUCUAGUGUCUGUGCAAAGUGUCUGUGUUGUUCUAUGUUGUGCUAUUUUGUAAAAAAGAAAAAAAGAAAGGAAGCAGUUGUUUCUUUAAUCUCUCCACAUGAAUGGUUGUGUUGCACUAACACUAAAUGUAGUAUGUAUAUCAUAUCAUAGUGUGUCAGAUAUCAGUGUUCAGUAUCAGUUUUUUAUUGUUAUUAUUAUUUACAUUAGAUGUGAAAAUUAUAUUGAGCAUAUAUAUAUAUAUAUAUAUAUAUACACAUACACACACAUAUAUUAUGUACCCUAAGGCAAUACACUAUCUUAGAGUUAGGUUGAAUGUAUACCCUGGUACAUUUGGUUUGAUAUUUUUCAGCAACAUAGUCGGACAGAGGGGCCGAGAGAAUGAUGUUUUUGUCGUGAACAAAUAAUAAUUAUUUAUGUAUGAAGCGUCAGUAUUGCACAACAUGUUUCCCAACGUGUCACCAGUCUAAGAAUGUUUGACCCAAGGCCAGCUGCACAUGUUUGUUUUCAGUGGCCUGAAAAACAACAAAUAAUAUCACCAAAAUAACCUGGAACAGCUCAGUGGGAUUUAUAUAUAUAUAUCCGUAGUGAACAAAACAGUACAACACAUUUCAUUAUCUCCUGUGAUGGCUAAUUAUUAAAAAAAUUAAAAGUUAAGAGUAUUCAGUGAAUAGCUGAACUUGUGGAGAUAUCAAGUACUAACACCAGCUCCUGAGUGGCUAUCUGUUUUAAUCAAAGGUCAGGGGUCAAGUUUGCCUUAUCUGUUGUAAUCAAAGGUACAUCUUAUGGACAUUCUAAACUCACCUUAUGAUAAAGUUGUUUUAGGCUAUGAAAGCUGUGGUGUGGUCUCACUGGAAGAUUUGCAAUGGAACGUACUCGACCAAACCCACACUGGCUUCAGGUACAACACAGGCGUAAUAUUGUAUAACGUCUGCUUAUGAUUAUUUAGUGUGACAUUUCUCCCUGUUUUGUCGUCUUUGAGACAAAGACUGGUUUCUGUCAUGUAGACUGAAAAGAGUGUGAUGCUUCCAUAAAUACCUGAGAGCACAGGUAACACAGCGGGAAGCUCUAUGUUUAUAUGUACUUCUGCACUCUACAAUACUUGUGAUAGGCAGCAUGUAAUGAGAUGAUGCUUGUAUUGUUUAUUUGUCAUGGCGUCUGCUUUGUUUUCUGAAUUCUUGAAAUGAAGCAUUAAAUGCUACUAACUGCACCUGGA